UCCCCCGCCCUCCCCACAAAACAUUUCCUUCCCCUCCCCUCUUUCUACUGCCGCUCCGCUACUACUCCUCUCGCUUCCCUUUCCUCCAUCUCCCACCCCAUCCCUCGCCCCCCGCCUCGCGCAGCGGCUAGGGUUCCUCCCGCCACGCCGCCGGCCAGCAGCAGCAGCAGAUGCCGCCCGCCGCCAUGGCGCCGCCGCAGGCCCCCUCCGCAGGGGAUCCGCUCUACGACGAGCUCUGGCACGCCUGCGCCGGCCCGCUCGUCACCGUCCCGCGCGUCGGGGACCUCGUCUUCUACUUCCCGCAGGGGCACAUCGAGCAGGUGGAGGCCUCCAUGAACCAGGUCGCCGGCAACCAGAUGCGCCUCUACGAUCUGCCCUCCAAGCUGCUCUGCCGGGUCAUCAACGUCGAGCUCAAGGCGGAGGCGGACACCGACGAGGUCUACGCGCAGGUCAUGCUCAUGCCGGAGCCGGAGCAAAAUGAGAUGGCGGUGGACAAGUCGACCUCUACGACGGGCGCCACGCCUCCGAGGCCGGCGGUACGGUCCUUCUGCAAGACCCUGACGGCAUCCGACACCAGCACGCAUGGCGGUUUCUCCGUGCUGCGCCGCCACGCUGACGAGUGCCUCCCUCCCCUGGACAUGACCCAGUCGCCUCCAACACAAGAGCUUGUGGCAAAGGAUCUGCAUGGCAUGGACUGGCGCUUCCGCCACAUCUUCCGCGGGCAACCUAGGAGGCAUCUCCUUCAGAGCGGUUGGAGUGUGUUUGUCAGUUCCAAAAGGCUUGUAGCUGGGGAUGCCUUCAUUUUCCUCAGAGGAGAGAGUGGUGAGCUUCGUGUUGGUGUUAGGCGGGCUAUGAGACAGCUGUCCAACGUGCCUUCUUCAGUCAUAUCUAGUCAUAGCAUGCACCUUGGAGUCCUUGCAACUGCAUGGCACGCCAUCAACACGAAAAGCAUGUUCACUGUCUACUACAAACCUAGAACGAGCCCUUCAGAGUUCAUUAUACCAUAUGAUCAAUAUAUGGAGUCUGUGAAAAACAAUUAUUCAAUCGGGAUGAGAUUCAGGAUGAGGUUUGAAGGUGAAGAGGCGCCAGAGCAGAGGUUUACUGGUACUAUAGUUGGCAGUGAAAAUCUUGACCAAUUGUGGCCUGAAUCGAACUGGAGAUCUCUUAAGGUGCGUUGGGAUGAGCCGUCAACUAUUCCGCGGCCGGAUAGAGUCUCUCCUUGGAAAAUAGAGCCAGCUUCAUCACCUCCUGUUAACCCGCUUCCUCUUUCUCGGGUCAAAAGACCUAGACCAAAUGUUCCUCCAGUUUCUCCUGAAUCAUCUGUUCUUACAAAAGAAGGUGCAACUAAGAUUGAUAUGGAUUCUGCUCAAGCACAACAAAGAAAUCAAAAUAGCAUGGUCUUGCAAGGUCAAGAGCAUAUGACCUUGAGGACCAACAACCUUACUGGCAGCAAUGAAUCUGAUGCUACUGUUCAGAAGCCUAUGAUGUGGUCUCCAUCCCCCAACAUUGGAAAAAACCAUGCAUCCGCGUUUCAGCAGAGGCCCUCUAUGGAUAAUUGGAUGCAGCUGGGAAGAUGUGAUGCUAGUUCUGGUGCUCAAUCUUUUGGUGAUUCCCAAGGCUUCUUCAUGCAGACCUUUGAUGAGGCUCCUAAUCGUCAUGGCUCAUUCAAGAACCAGUUCCAGGAUCACAGUUCUGCUCGUCACUUCUCAGACCCGUACACAAAGAUGCAGACAGAGGCCAAUGAGUUUCAUUUCUGGAAUAGCCAAAGCACCGUGUACGGCAAUCCAAGAGACCAGUCACAAGGUUUCAGAUUUGAAGAGCACCCAUCAAAUUGGUUAAGGCAGCAGCAGUUCUCCCCGGUUGAACAACCCCGAGUGAUCCGGCCUCACGCAUCAAUAGCUCCUGUUGACUUGGAGAAAACAAGAGAAGGCAGUGGUUUCAAGAUUUUUGGGUUUAAAGUUGAUACUACCAGCGCCCCUUCCAACCAUUUGAGCUCCACAACGGCUGCAAUCCACGAGCCUGUGCUACAAACUCAAGCAUCCGCAUCAUUAACUCAAUUGCAGCAUGCACACGCUGAUUGUAUUCCUGAGCUGUCCGUAAGCACUGCUGGGACUACUGAGAAUGAGAAAAGCAUUCAGCAAACUCCUCACAGUUCGAAAGACGUCCAAAGCAAGUCCCAUGGUGCUUCCACAAGGAGUUGCACAAAGGUUCAUAAACAAGGCGUUGCACUUGGUAGAUCAGUGGAUCUCUCAAAGUUUGGCGACUAUGACGAACUUACAGCUGAGCUAGACAGGAUGUUUGAAUUUGAUGGUGAGCUGAUGUCUUCAAACAAAGAUUGGCAGAUUGUGUAUACUGAUCCUGAGGGUGACAUGAUGCUGGUGGGAGAUGAUCCAUGGGAGGAGUUCUGCAACAUAGUGCGCAAGAUCUUCAUCUACACCAAGGAGGAGGUCCAGAAGAUGAACUCGAAAUCAUCUACCCCGAGAAAGGAGGAAGGUUCUGCGGAUGCCGAUGGCGCAAACGAGAAGGCUCAUCUCGCCACGUCAAGCCAUUUAGAUAACUAGCCAACUAGGUUGUGUUAAGCCGAUUUGAGGCAUGAGGUGAGGUAUCGCACGGGGAGCUUUGUCCUGCCCUCGCUCGGGUCCCAGCCAGCCAGCCAAUGAAGUAACUCCUGAUGUCUUUUGGUGAUCGCCCCCUCCCCCUUGUGAUGCAGCAACAACCCAACCCAACCCUUUGGAUUUAGCUAUUUACUUGCUAGGUAAUGUAGAGAGAGAGAGAGACUUUGCUGCACUGCGCGAUUGUUUAUCCGCUGGUUUGCUUGCUCUUGGCAGUAAGAUUUAGGGCCAAGAUUUAUUAUUACCGUUGCCCCCCUGCUUGAAUGCAUGCUUGAUCCUCAGCCCUCCCUCUUUCCUCCCCACCACCCUGAUGUAAAUAUUUAUCUACCUUGCUAGCUAGCGUUAGUAAGUAAGCAAGUACCCUGUAUUAUUUAACCGACCCGCAGUAGCUGUUCCGGGAGUAGUAAAACACUGGCAAAGACGAUGGUAUAUGUACGUCUGAUCCUGUUUAAUGUACUAUUAAUGGCUA